GGAAACUAGCGCCAUCUCUUGUCGGUGGUCCGAAGUAACCGGCUCAGUCUUCUUAAAGAUAACAAUUUUAAUUGAUAAACAAAAUAAGGAUUAAAUGCGAUGUCCAGUCGCAAAUCAAAUGAAUUGGAGGCCAACCCGGCUCCUGAUCCUCAGGCUCCUAUCACCCGAAAAGGUUUUCUUAUGUCCCUGAAUACAGGGCAACCUUUGGCCAUUCCAGAUUGCAAUGUGUAUGGAAGCUGUCGUCCUGUGGCUGAGUUCGAGAAACUAAACCGUGUGGGCGAAGGCAGCUACGGCAUAGUUUAUCGAGCUCGCGAUACACGCAACAAUGAAAUUGUAGCCCUUAAAAAGGUGCGCAUGGAUCAGGAAAAAGAUGGUCUUCCUGUGAGUGGUCUUCGAGAGAUUAUGAUCCUUAAGCAAUGCAAACAUGAGAAUAUUGUACAAUUGCGCGAAGUGGUGGUGGGCAAGAGCCUUGAUAGUAUAUUCCUGGUAAUGGACUUCUGUGAACAGGACUUGGCAUCUGUUUUGGACAAUAUGCCGCAGCCGUUUACAGAAUCGGAGGUUAAGUGCAUUACUCUACAAGUGCUGCGCGCCCUAAAAUAUAUGCAUGCUCGAUAUAUAAUCCACCGUGACCUAAAGGUAUCCAAUUUACUGAUGACCGACAAGGGUUGCAUCAAAGUGGCUGACUUUGGAUUGGCUCGUUUGUAUUGUAAUCCUCCAAAGCCUAUGACUCCACAAAUGGUUACCUUGUGGUACAGGGCGCCAGAACUAUUGCUGGGAUCUCGUACCUAUACGGCAGCUGUAGAUAUGUGGGCUUUUGGAUGUAUUCUUGGAGAGCUGUUGAUCGGUAAACCUUUGCUGCCGGGCAACUCUGAGAUUGCUCAACUAGACUUGAUAAUUGAAUUGCUGGGAGCGCCCUCAAAAUCCAUUUGGCCAGGAUUUACAGAACUGCCAGCUUUACAGAAUUUUACUCUUAGCCAGCAGCCAUAUAAUAAUUUAAAAAGUAAAUUCCAAGCUCUACGUCCAGCAGGCAGAGGUCUUUUGAAUCUCCUUUUUAUUUACAAUCCCAGUACGAGGGCUACAGCCGAGGAGUGCUUAAAUAGCAAAUACUUUGUAGAGCCACCGCAGGCCUGUGAUCCCCGCAUGAUGCCCACAUUUCCACAACAUCGUAACUCGUUGACGACAAACGCACAACCGCAGCCGCCACCACCGGCGGAAAUACCAAUUUCUGAUCUACUUAAUGUGUUUAUAAAAAGGCAACGCUUAGAUUAAAACAAUAUAAAUGUAUUUAUUAUGCAAUCUA